AUCAUCACAUAUAUGUAAAAAUGAAAUAUGACGACUCAACCCCGGCUACCGGAGAGAUGCCUCGCAUAUUUUAGCGGUUUCCCUCCAUUUCCGUUGCGGGGUGACCUGUCAGAUGCUACGUGCGUCUCGGUGCACACCGGGGGCAGCGCACCGUGUUGCGUCUGUGUGUCUCAGUCAGAAGAAAUGCCAUCUCACAUAAUUGAUCUUUCCUCUCCUCUGCUCGGAUUUUAUAUUCCACAUCAGCUCGGAUCGCUUCGCUCUUGUGAUUGAAUGGCUGUCAUGACUUGUGCCCUCAGGACUGUGACGCUACGAAAUCAGGAAGAAAACCCCUCGUUUGGUUUUUAUGCGUCCUUUCAACCUCUCUGUAUUUUCACCUGGUAAUUAGACCUGGGAUCUCCGUGGUAAUCUACUGAUCAAACAAUGGGAAGACCUUCAGUAUAUCGACAUAAAGGACAAAGAUGUUGUCCUGGCUGUGAAUUGAUUUAAACUUUGCCAUGGGGAAGACACUGGACUGAGAUUUGACACCACAGUGGAAGAGAAAGAGGUGAAGACAUGGUCAUCACUGACAGAAACACUGGUACCCCUGUCCCUAAAAAAGAGCCGCAGCAGAAGACGAGGAGGAAGUCUCGCCCUCAUGGCCUGCCCUCCCCGGCCCUCUGCUGCGCCUGCGGCCUGUGCAUCAUGCUGGCUGGACUCAACAUCACCCUGGUGGGAGCAUUCGCUUUCAGCACCCUGGUGCCUUCUGCCAAUCCCCCAAUCAUCAUCGGACCUAUCCUACUGCUGGUGGCCUUCUCCUUUUUCGGGGCCUGUUGCGUGUGCAGCCGCCUCCCCCCUCCAAACAGCUCACGGAGGUCUAAGGUGGGCGGCAGGGGUGGAGGGCUGAUGGGACAUGGAGGGUUGGCUGGUGGUGCAGCGUUUGAAAUAGAGACCAGUGAGCACACUCUGCAGGACACCACAGCUGUGCAGCUCAGCCCCACAUCCUCCCGUGGAUCAUCCCAGGUGUCCAGCCCAGAAAAGGAAGCUCCUGACGCGGCCCUACCAGGACCCUGCACGCUCUUCACCAUGGAGACCAACGGCUCUUCUUCUGCGUUUGGCACCGCAGUGUACUCGGCCUCCACAGCAGGAGGAGGGGAGGUGAGGCUCAACCUGCCACGUGAAGAAGCCGUCGCCUAGCAGAGCAGAAACUCUUCCAAGGCCGGAGUGCUGCCAGUGUAAAUAUCCUUCUGGGCCGAGGGCUUGCUGAGUGUGAUUGUGUCCUCUAGUUGACGUGGUGCCAUAUUUCUGGUUGUGAACAGUAUGCUUUUGAAUUUCUUGCUGUGCUGCCAACUGGUAAUUAGCAUGCAACGUUAAUGAAACAUCCAAGUGUUUGUGGAUCAUAGGUGUUGGAAUUCAAAUUCCUCCCUCUAUUGUGUUUUUUUUGUAACUUCCUACAGGUCUUUGCUUUUAAUGUUGGGCAUUAUGAACAGUUUUCAUGUAGUAAUCAAACGAAAAGGGUCUUAAACCAUAAGUAUUUAUCUCUCACUGCUACUCUGGUUUGUGGAAAACUCACCUGUCAGCAGUGAUUUCAGAGGGCUUGAAUGAAUAAUAUGAUUGUUUAUUUGUUAUGAAGACUUAAAGAUCAGAUGAGAAAGGUCAACAGUGAAAUGUAUAGGUUCAUUUGUUUUGACAUUUGGCAUUUUGUGUGCCGUUCUCACUGCUGAACUUGUUUUGGGGGCAUAAUAUAUUAUAGGUCACAGGGGUCCCAAAGCAAUAUCCUCUCACCUGAGAUUAAAUCCUUUGCCGUUCUCUUUACAAGAACACAGUACUCUAAAGCCAAUGUAUUUGUGAUGAACCACAGUGCAUAUAUAGAGUAACAGUAUACUAACAUGUACUGUGUAAAAUGUUGAAUCAUGGAAGCGUUAUUCUUGCAGUUUGACAAAUGGUCACCACCACAACAUCAACACUGUGAAUAUUGUGUUUCCUAAUAUAUUUAUUUUCAAUUUCACAUGUACAUUUUCAUUGAAGGUAGUGUAGUUUCCACUAUUUUAAGGUUACACUCAUCAUGGUAUUUUAAUUAAUUUAUAGUAUUCACCGUGAGGCAAAGACAUGUGUCAUAAUAAUGAUUUUGGUCAUUAUGGAUUUGAAUUAACAGUGGGACUCCACCGAGGAAUGUAUUACAAAUGUGAACAUGUGAAUUCCACAGUAUUGAAUCCUUAUAUUUUAUGUCUAACAUGACAUCCUCUUACUUUAUAUUUAACAGAAGUUAACCCCAACUGGACCUACACACAAAUAGGCAAGCACAGAAGUCUGACAGAGUUUAGAUAAUGAGAUUGCAUAAAAUAAAAUAUGUUCCCCAUCACUGUGAUGUCUUCUUGACAAAAGACAUUCAACCCCUGAUUUCCUUUGAAAGGAACGUUGCCUUAGACUGAGACAUCAGGAACUAAUGAGGGCUAUAACAAAGUGCACAAUAGCAUUUCUCUCCAGAAAGCAUUUGUUGGGCUCUGGAUUUCUAUUCCAUAUUGUUAGGAAAUACUCAACAUUUCUCUUUUAUUGUGGGAACAACAAAUGCAUGCCAAUGGCUUUAAUUUUCACAGCAGAGAUGUAUAGGAAGUAGCAGGAGAGUGAACACCUGCAUCAAGUGGCCAGAGCAUUCCCGUAAACAGUUUUGACCUUCUUUUGUGACACAGCUCCUCAGAAGAACCCGUUUCUCUGUCAAAUCUCUCUCUUGUGCUGAGCUCAUUGUUUGCAUGUUGAGAGGAAGAGAUUCAUGGAAAUGCAAACAUCCUUUUGUGAACUAUUGGUGUUUUGUGUGUAUUUUUAUUUGUGUAACGCUUCUUCAAAAAUCUGGAAAAUGUAAAAGAUAUAAUAUUUUUGUGAAGAUUAUAAUUUGAUGAUGAUCCAAAUGUGAAUCCUACAAAAUAUAUGAAUAAAAAAGGCUCUUUCCAA